CGCACGCUCGUCUGUUAUGCUCCGCGAGUGAGUGCCGCAGUGAAGUGGGGCAGAGGCCCAAACAUUCGAAAAUAGAAAACGAAAAAAUUGACCGCCAGAUGGGCGUUUACGAGGAGAGGGGAGCGAUGCACUGGCAACAAAGCGAGCGGUACAUAUCGUCAUACGAAGGCGGCGGGGACCUAUCUCCGGUGGCGCCGGCUACGUCACCCGGGUCCCCUCGCGACUGCACGUCGUGUAGGAAACGCGAGCCCCCAGACGAGCCGGCCCAGCCUCCAGCCGACGAUCCUUGCGCAGGCUGCGGGUGUCGCAUCACCGACCGGUACUACCUCCUGGCCCUCGAGAGGAGGUGGCACACGCCCUGUCUAAGGUGCUGCGAAUGCAAGAUGCCACUUGAUUCGGAGCAGCGCUGUUAUGCACGGGACAGCAAUAUCUUCUGCAAGAAUGAUUAUAUCAGGUUGUACGGACCCAAGCGCUGUGCUCGCUGCAACACGGUGAUCUCAGCGUCAGAACUAGUUAUGAGAGCACGGGACCUCGUUUUCCACGUGCAUUGUUUCUCCUGCGCGUUAUGCAAUACGCCCCUAAAUAAAGGCGACACGUACGGCAUCAGAGACGCUGCCGUCUAUUGCAGGCUUCAUUACGAGACUAUGCCAGAAUACGGACCACAUAUGGCCGUGCCGGGUCCCCCGCAAAUGUGUCCUGGUACGUACGCGGGACCGCCUCCGGGGGCCCACUAUCCCCCGUACCCGUCGCCGGACUUCACCCGUGUCGACCCGGAUGUGCAGAAAGGCCCGUAUUUUAACGGCGCCGCAGCGCCCCCUCCGCGACAAAAAGGACGCCCACGAAAAAAAAAGCCAAAGGAUCAAGACAUCAUGACCGCAAACCUGGAUUUGAAUCCCGAUUAUCUGGAGAUGGGUUUCCGUGGCGGUGGUACCCUGGGCUCCACGUCCAGAACUAAGCGCAUGCGUACGAGCUUCAAGCACCACCAACUGAGGACAAUGAAGUCCUACUUCGCGAUCAACCACAACCCUGACGCUAAAGAUCUGAAGCAGCUCAGCCAAAAGACUGGACUGCCGAAACGUGUUCUGCAGGUAUGGUUCCAGAACGCACGGGCGAAAUGGCGGCGCAUGGUCACGAAACAGGAGAACAAGAUGUCGGACAAGUGCUCACCGGACGGCUCGCUCGAGAUGGACAUGUACCACGGGCCCAUGGGCUCCAUCCAGUCGUUGCCCCCGCACAGCCCGCCGUACAGUGUGAUGGGAGGCCCGCCCAGUCCCAACUCCAUGGAGUGUCCAUAGCCUCUGUUCUGCGCCCUAUGAGCGCAUCCGUCAAUGAGAACAGUGCCGACGAUUCAUUCCGAGAUAUUCCCGUGUCCUGUAGAAAAUUAAUACGAUC